AUGCAAAGCGAAAUAUUAUUUCGAGAUUACCCCCGUUCUAUUGCCCUUCGACCGAUUCAAAUUGAAAAUUAUGGUAACCCCUACGGAAAAUCAAAUCCUUUAUUAUUAUUAUUUGAUCAAGUACAGCAAAGUUAUAACGAUUCUCCAUUACAAUGCAAUGUAAGACUUCUACGUGAAUCUGAUAUUGAUAUAAUGGAGUAUCGACAGCUUGGCUCAAGGGCCGUUUAUGGGUGCCUUGGAUUGCUUCAAGUUGAACGAGAAAUGUUCCUAGCGGUUGUAACAGAAUGUAUUCCUCUUGGGGAAAUUCGUUCAAAUGAGUCCGUUUUUCGAAUUAUCGACGUAGAAUUUUAUUCGCUUACCAAUAAUACACGGUAUUCUGUUUCAACAUCCGCCAGCAAUAGAUAUUAUGAUGAUAGUUCGCUCAACGAAUCGUCACAACAACAAUCUUAUGAACAUCCAUGUACUCAAUUAAGAAAGUUACUAUCAAAUGGCCACUUUUAUUUUUCUUCGGAUUUUGAUUUAACAAAAACUUUGAACGUUAGGUCGAGAACAUCAUCAGCGGAUAAAUAUACUUAUGAUGAUCAUUUCCUAUGGAAUAAAUUCAUGAUUAAUGAAUUGUUGAACUUUAGAUCUAAACUUAGCAAAUUAGAGCAAUCAGAGAUGGACACUUGCGGUUUUCUAGUGUUAGCUAUUCAGGGAUACGUUGGAAUACAAGAAACAAGGAUUGAUUCUUCAAAGGUGACCUUAUCACUCAUAUCUAAAUUGAGUUGUAAACGUGCUGGAACAAGGUUCAACACUCGUGGAAUAGAUGAUGAUGGCAAUGUUGCUAAUUUUGUCGAGACUGAAACGAUAUUACAACUGCCUGAAACAUGCUUUUCUUAUAUCCAAAUUCGAGGGAGCGUGCCAGUAUUCUGGGAACAGCAGGGAUUACAAGUAAUGUCUCAUAAAAUUCAGAUAUCGCGUGGUCCUGCAGCGACACAACCCGCUGUCGAGCGUCAUUUCAAUGAAUUACAGAGCAGAUAUGGUGAUGUACAUAUCAUAAAUCUUCUUGGAGUUAAAGAGGGCGAAUAUGUAUUGGGCAAAGAAUAUAAAGAUCGUAUAAUAGAUUUAAACGGAAAUGGCUUAGAAAAUAGGGUGUUGUUUACAAAUUUUGACUUUAAUUCGAUUUGUAAAACUGGAAAUUAUGAAAAUAUGGUACAAUUAUUUAGCUUGAUUGGAGAAAAGCUAGAAUAUUUCGCGUUCUUUGCUCUGGAUAGAGAAACGAACAGUCCCAUAUUUUAUCAAAAAGGAGUUUUUAGAGCCAAUUGCAUGGAUUG